GGAAUUAUAUUUUUUUUAACAAGUCAUGGGUGUCCCAUAUGAAAUAUAAUUAUUUAACCGAAAUUAUUAUUAUUUUUUUUAUUUCCGGCCGCAUUAACCUUGUCGAAUAUGUAGGUACUAAUAAACAUAUUAGAUUUUUGCAAUGCCAUUGCACAUUUACGUAAUUUUCAUUGCCACUUGUUUGUCUCAAAUCGCGUGCAAACCUAUCGCAAAUGGUAAUUUUAACCCGAUUGAGCCCACUUCGGGGGAAUACCCAUUCCACGCCAACUUAUUACAGGUGAUAAACCGAAACACUUUGUUCAGUUUUUGUGGCGGCAGCUUGAUUCACCCCAGAUGGGUUUUAACCGCCGCUCAUUGCAUCCAAGAAAAUCGACACACUCGUCGUUUGCCACCUGGCGAGCUUCGCAUUGCGCUAGGUAGCGUGUACAGAAGCGGCAAAAAAGCCCAAAUUUUGCGGCCCAUUAAAACAAUCAUUCACCCAACUUACCUAAAAACCGAUCGUAACGACAUCGCUUUAAUAAAACUCGAGAAAAGUGCAAAACUAACCGCCAGUGUGAACCUAAUCCGGUUACACGUCGACAACAAUGAGAAUUUGCUACAAAAAACCGCUUUUCUCACCGGGUUCGGUUACACCGACGACGGAGGUCCAAGCCCGAAAAGGCUCCGAAAGGCGAUUUUACACAUAGCUGAUUAUAAAAAAUGUUCGGGGGAUCCCCGACUGCGACAUGUUGAAAUUUGUGGCGCCUCCACAAUUGCCGAAGGCAAAACUUGCGACGGUGACAGUGGAGGUCCUCUCUUUAUUAGGAAAAAUAAUAAAUAUGUUCAAGUUGGGAUAACGAGUUAUUUGGCUCGGUCACCAAAAUGCCGGCUUUCUAACAAUAACUCGGUUUAUACGAGAGUUUCGGCUUACAUUGCUUGGAUUUCGGGAAUCACAGGAAUUAAUUUUAGGAAAUUUAACCAAAACUGACUAGUCAGGUUGGCAUUACCAUAAAUAUUAGAUAAUAUUAUUACCUAGCAAAUUUAAUUUAAUGAUCUUUUUCUACUCCCAUGUUUUAACUGAUCGGUUAAAUACAGGGUGAUUCUUUAGGACCUACAUUAUAAAAUUUUUAACUUCUAAUAGCUUUAAAAUUUUGUGUAUGAUCCAAAUCGACAAUUCAACUAAAUUAUUUUCAACAUGACUGGGCUUCCGGAACUUGAAAUCCAUUUAGAUACAGAUUUUUUAUUAAGAUAGAGACUCGUGACCAAUAGGAAUGCAGUCUGGCGACCACGAGGACAACUCGUAGCCAAUGAUAAUGUAACAUGGCGACAACUAUCAGAGUGCCUUGAAUGUUUGACAUUAAUCUGACAUUUAAAAAUAAAUUUGACAUUUUGAA